GAGCUGCCCCUAGAGGGCAGGGGGCUGGGGAAGAGAAGGCAGCCGCUGGGCUGGUCCAUCUGGCCAACAGGCCCUGUGCCCAGCCUGUCUGCACUCCUCCUGCCGACUAAGAAGCAAUUGCUUGCACAUGUUGGGCCUGAGAUGUCAUUCCAGGGCUGUCUAGAAAGAAAAAGAAAUUCAAGAAGGGGAGGGAGGGAGGGAGUCCAUUGGCUGAUUGCUGGCAGAACCUAGAAGCAGCUCAUAGGCUUGUGGAGCAAGGAGCAGCUCCCUUUGGGGAUGCCCGGACUUGAGGAAGCCCAAACCGUCUUUAUUCCGCAGGGUUCCAAGCCCAAGCUCCAGGCCGCUUGUUCUUCCAUUCAAGAGAUCCGGAGAUGCACCCGCCUGGAAAUGCCUGACAACCUCAACACCUUCGUCCUGAAGGUGAAUAAUGCCACCGACAUCAUCUUCGAGACUGGGGAUGAGCAGCAGCUGAAUUCUUGGACCACAGAGAUAAGAGAAUGCAUGAACCGAGGCAGGUCAGAAGGAGCUGGCCUAGAAUCCCAGGCACCUUCCCUUCUGGACCCAGGUUUAUCCAACUCUCCCACCGGGAGUACCGACUCCCUUAACCAAGGUAAGGACCCCAGACAGACGGCCUCCCCCUUGCCCAUGCCUGAGGAGGAGAGUCUGCCCUAACUACCUACUCUACAGC